AUGGAUCUUUGGGAUCGUUUUUGUGUUAACCUGCAUACUCGGAAAAUCACUCUGGAGGAUGAAUCACAAAAGAGGUCAAUGGAUCUUAGGCUAUUGCAUGGAGUUGCUUAUGGUCAUUCAUGGUUUGGUAAAUGGGGUUACCGCUUUUGCAGUGGGAGCUUUGGUGUGGAAGAACACCAUUAUCACAGGGCAAUUGCGUUUCUAACCUCCAUAUCUUUGGUGGAUGAUAUAACUGCUAAUUUCAGAGAGAAUAAAGCCAAUCUAAAUAUAGGCGACAUAGUCAGGUGCUAUAGAGACAUGAGCGAGAUCCAGCUGACUACUCUGCAAGAUCUCCUUAGAUUCAUGCUUACUAUCAAAUCCCGAGCCCCGCCCAUCAGAAUACCCAUAGGAAAGAUUGAAGCACCUUCUGUUGUGCUUCCAUCGAUGAAAGCGUAUGGUACACGAGCAUGCCCUCAAGUAAAGCAAUGUCCUAAAGAUAAGGAGAAAUCAGUGAAAUGUCGGAAGUUUGCCCUCCCCCUCCCCUUACAGGCUUGCUUUCACUUCCCUUUCCGUAGUAGUAUGACUCUUCUGUCCGGGUCUUUCAGAUCAUAA